AUGGUCGACUACUACCAGCAGCCGCCGUCCUACCAUCAGCCUGGUUAUGAUUACACCCAGCAGGAGGAGGAAUGGGAUCGCGAAGGGCUUUUGGAUCCGGCAUGGGAGAAGCAGCAGAAAAAGACAUUCACCGCUUGGUGCAACUCGCAUCUGAGAAAAGCUGGAACCAGCAUCGAGUGCAUUGAAGAGGACUUCCGAAAUGGUCUUAAACUCAUGCUUCUCCUCGAAGUCAUUUCUGGCGAACCUCUUCCCAAGCCUGACCGCGGAAAGAUGCGAUUCCACAAGAUCGCCAAUGUCAACAAGGCGCUUGAAUACAUCGAAUCCAAAGGAGUCAAGCUGGUGUCGAUUGGAGCCGAAGAAAUUGUCGAUGGCAACGUGAAAAUGACAUUGGGAUUGAUCUGGACCAUCAUUUUGAGAUUCGUCAUUCAAGAUAUCAAUGUGGAAGAAUUGUCUGCUCGCGACGGACUUUUGCUGUGGUGCCAGAGAAAGACGGCUCCAUACAGCAAUGUCAACGUGCAAAACUUCCACAACUCUUGGAAGGAUGGUUUGGCGUUCUGCGCUUUGAUCCAUAGACAUCGACCGGACCUCUUGGACUACAGCCAGCUUCACAAGGGCGAUCCAAUUCAUAACUUGAAUUUGGCUUUCGAUGUUGCCGAGAAGCAUCUCGAUAUUCCUCGUAUGCUUGACGCCGAAGACGUGGCACGGCAUCCGGAGGAGAAGUCAACGAUGACAUAUGUCUCGUGCUUCUACCAUGCGUUCCGCAACAUGCAGCCGCCGCCGCAGCGCGUCGUCGUUGCGCCACCUGAGCGCGACUGGAGAAAAGACGCGGAAACCGCUGCCAACCGCAUCUGUCGAGUGUUGAAGGUCAAUCAGGAGAAUGAGAAAAUGAUGGAAGACUAUGAGAAUCUCGCUUCUGAUCUUCUCGCUUGGAUCAAUCGUUGGAUGCCGUGGCUCGCUAAUCGCUCGACGGAUGACAACCUUCAGCAAGCUCAGCAAAAAUUGGAGGAUUACCGAAACUAUCGAAGACGCGAGAAGCCGCCGAGAAUCGAGGACAAGGGUCGUCUUGAAACGCUGUUCAACACCCUUCAGACGCGUCUUCGUCUUUCCAAUCGUCCGGCGUUCCUUCCGCGCGAUGGCCAUCUCAUCAAGGAUAUUCAUGCCGCGUGGGCGGGAUUGGAGGACUCCGAGAAGGGAUUCGAAGAGUGGCUCCUCUCGGAGAUCAUGCGCCUUGAACGCCUCGAGCAUCUCGCCGAGAAGUUCCGUAGAAAGUGCGCUCUUCAUGAGGAAUGGGCUCAUGGCAAAGAAGAAGCGCUGCGUAGCAACGACUGGAGAAGUUGCGGCUUGUACAAGAUCAAAGCUUUGAGAAAGCGUCAUGAAGCUUUCGAGAGCGAUCUUGGAGCUCAUCAAGAUCGCGUUGAGCAGAUUGCCGCCAUCGCCAGAGAGCUCAACAAUCUUCGCUAUCCGGACAUUGGACCGAUCAAUGCGAGAUGCCAGGCGAUCUGCUCGCAAUGGGAUCGUCUUGGUCAGUUGAGCUCGCAGAGACGCGAGCAGCUUGAGGAAGCCGAGCGUAUUGCCGAGCGACUUGAUUCGCUUUAUUUGGACUUUGCCAAACGCGCCGCCCCAUUCAAUAAUUGGCUUGAUGGAGCUCGAGAAGAUCUUGCCGAUUUGGUUAUCGUUCAUGAGAUGCGUGAGAUUGAGGAGCUUGUAAGCGCUCACGAUCAAUUCAAGAGCACCCUUGGAGACGCGGAUCGCGAAUUCUCGAGCAUCAACCAAAUCGAGCACGAGGUCGAGCAUCUCGUCAACUCGCAUGGAUUGGAUCGCGAGCUUCUCCGCAAUCCGUACACCGACUUGUCCGCCAACGACAUUCGCCGCAAAUGGGGUGAAGUGCAAUCGGCGGUUCCAAGACGCGAUUCGCAACUUCAGGCCGAACUCCGUCGUCAGCAAAACAACGAGCGACUUCGAACCAUUUUCGCCGAGAAGGCCAACAGCGUUGGGCCGUGGCUCGAGAGAGAAUUGGAGCAGGUGCUCGCCAUUGGGCUCGGAGGACGUGGACGUUUGGAGAACGCAAUUGAUCAAUUGCGAGCCAUCCAACGAAACGCACUCGGCUAUAAGCCGAAUCUUGAUGAGCUUGAGAGAGUCCAUCAAGAGAUGCAGGAGAACUUUGUCUUUGAGAACCGAAAAUCGAGAUACUCUAUGGAAUCGCUACGCGUCGGAUGGGAAACUCUUCUUACGAGCAUCAACAAGACCAUCAGCGAGCUUGAGAAUCAGGUGCUCGUUCGCGAUCGCAAGGGAAUCAGCGAGGAGCAGAUAGCCGAAUUCCGCGCCUCCUUCAAUCACUUCGACAAAGAGCGCGCCGGAUUGGACCCCGAGCAAUUGAGAGCGUGCUUGAUUUCGGUCGGUUACACCAUUCGACCAGGCCGCGAGGGCGACGCUGAAUUGCACCGCAUUUUGGCUCACGUUGAUCCGAACCGAAUCGGAAGAGUGCCGUUUGAGGCGUUCCUUGAUUUUAUGACCAAGGAGCAUUCGGAUCAGGACACUGUCGAGCAGAUGAUCGACUCGUUUAGAAUUUUGGCCGCCGGAAAGCCAUUCAUCACUGCUGACGAAUUGGAGCGCGAACUUCCGAGAGAUCAAGCGGCCUACUGUAUGGCACGAAUGGCGCCAUCGUAUGAGCCUGGUGCACCGCCGCGAUCAUACGAUUAUGUCACCUUCAGCAGAAGUCUCUAUUCACAAUAA